AGACAGGCAAUACAUUACCAACAUGUGGUGGAAACAAUUAAAACUAGCUUGCUUUGUAUUCAUACACACAUCACAUGCUGAAAUUGCAAUAAAUGGAAUUUCCAUUAGUAUAUAGUUCCAAGCAAGCUAGCUAACUCACAUAGUCACAUUUAUUCAUAAUACAGCACCAAGAUAAGAAGAAGAAGAAGAAGAAGAAGAGUCCUAGAAAGAAAGAAACAAUGCCUUGCCUUUAUCUCUCUACCAACGUUAAUUUAGAUGGAAAAGACAUCGAUCCUAUCUUUGAUCAAGCUAGAACUGCUGUUUCCACAAUCAUAGGAAAACCAGACAAGUUUGUGAUGGUUAUAUUGAAGGGGUCAGUUCCAAUAUCGUUUGAAAGUAACAAAGAACCAGCUGCAUAUGGUGAACUAGUUUCAAUGGGUGGCAUUAAUUCAGAAGUGAAGAAGAAUCUAAUCAGUACCAUUGGCACAAUCUUGGAAUCCAACCUAUCUAUACCAAGAACAAGAUUUUUUCUCAAAGUCUUUGACACCUUGGUUCUAAAAGUUGAAAAUAGGUCCAAGCUGUAGUGAUAUUUUUUUAUUUAGUCUUGAUUUGUCACAAUUCCUAUGCUAGUACUAAUUAAUAAGUGACAACAUUUAAGGAGUGUAUUGCUACCGAUAAUAUAUUUCAUAUGUCUUUGAUAUUUGCUUCCCAAUAAAAUUAAAAUGCUCUUUUUUCAUUUA